GGGGGAGGCAGUGGUAAGUUGGCAUUUGGCAAAAACAAAUCAGGAAAGCAGAAGCCUGAUGAUCGCUGAGGAAAAGCCAAGACGUCUGUCUCAGGAUGACUGUCACAUAUUCCAGUAAGGUAGCCAACGCCUCCUUCUUCAGUUUCCAUCGGCUGCUGCUGCGUUGGAGGGGAAGCAUCUACAAACUGCUCUACCGAGAGUUCAUCAUGUUCGUUCUGCUCUACACUGUGCUCAGCGUCGUAUACAGACUCGUCCUCUCCGACCAACAGAAGAGAUUGUUCGAGAAACUUUCCAUGUACUGUGAUAAAUACGCAGAGCAGAUCCCCGUCACCUUCGUCCUGGGUUUUUAUGUGACUCUGGUGGUGAAUCGAUGGUGGAAUCAGUUUGUUAACCUGCCCUGGCCGGACCGACUCAUGUUCCUCAUCUCCAGCUGUGUCCAGGGUAAAGAUGAAUAUGGCCGCCUGCUGCGCCGGACAUUAGUGCGUUACGUUAACCUGACAUCGCUGCUCAUCUUCCGCUCUGUCAGCACCGCUGUCUGCAAACGCUUCCCGACCAUAGACCAUGUUGUCGAGGCAGGUUUUAUGACUCCGGAGGAGAGGAAGGCGUUUGAGAACAUCCGUUCUCCUCACCUGAAAUACUGGAUUCCCGUUGUCUGGUUCUCCAACUUGGCGACUAAAGCUAAACAGGAAGGACGCAUUCAGGACAGCAUCGACCUGCAGAACAUUCUCAAUGAGAUGAAUCUGUUCCGGAGUUGGUGUGCGACUCUUUUCGGCUACGAUUGGGUCGGCAUCCCGCUGGUUUACACUCAGGUCGUCACUCUUGCCGUCUACACUUUCUUCUUCGCUUGCCUGAUUGGCCGUCAGUUUCUCGACCCUGCUCAGAGAUACCACGGUCACGACCUCGACCUCUACGUGCCAGUCUUCACACUGCUGCAGUUCUUCUUCUACUCCGGCUGGCUGAAGGUAGCGGAGCAGCUGAUCAACCCGUUCGGAGAGGACGAUGACGACUUUGAAGUUAACUGGAUCAUUGACAGGAACCUUCAGGUGUCUCUGCUGGCUGUAGAUGAGAUGCACAUGAACCUGCCUCACAUGACCAAAGACAUGUACUGGAACGACUGGGAGGCACGCCCACCGUACACACUGGCUGCUGCUGACUACUGCAUCCCUUCGUUCCUCGGCUCCACCACCGACAUGGGACUCUCUGACAUCUUGCAGUUUGAUGAGGCUGACGUUAGCGACCUCCGUCCACGCCAUCAGGACUCUAGUUCGGCUUGGCGGCAAGAGUCGGUUCUGGGUCGAGUCCGCCGGCUGCUGAGUGUCCAGGAUCCUCCUGACCUCCGACCUCCUCGGCCCAUCUUUAAACGGCACAGCAGCGACGCAACAGGAAGCUUCUUCCCAGACUUUAGGGUUUACCCACGUCCAGAGGACGGAGCCAUGGGUGUCCAUGGCUCCACUGCCAUGGACACCCUUUCCACCUUAAGGGAGGUCAGCAGCAACCCUCCAUCCCCUGAAAGCUCACCCUUUACUGUUUUCCCCCGGCUCGUCAUCAGUCCGCCGUUGUCCAGUGACGUCUGUAACAAGACGGAUUCUUCUGGCAACGGUGAAGCGGCAAAACCUCAGUAUGGACUGGAUCCCUCCCCCACUGAGGAAGCACCAGGCUUAGAUGCCCCAAGGACCGGCUCCUCGAUAUGUUGUUCCCCCACCCAGCUAGGACCCAAGAAAUUCCGCUGGACAAAUUACUCACCAACCCGGCCACGGGGGCGCCAGUUCUCCUUCCAGUUCUCCAGGCAGUCAUCUAAAGGAUCGGUCCGAAGCCUGCCAAGCCCCAAGGGCCUGGGUAGGAGGAGACGAGGCCUGGCUCGCUUCCAAUCCCGAAGAUCACCCGGUCCACCUUCAGACACUCUGCAGCUCCCUGACCUGGAGUACGACCGCGACUUCCAAGGAGUGGCAGAGACUAAGGACGAGAAGGAGGAUCAGGAGGAGGAGGAAGGAACCAACAACAGCGAAGACAUCACAAACCAGGACUCCCAAACGCAGAGCUUGGAGAAAAAAUAAGAACCACUCACACAGUAACAUAAUAACUGCCCAAACAGAGCCAAUCUCAGAGCUGGUAACAGUACCCGAAAAGAGAAGUCACAUGAGGAAAGUUGCUUAGAAAUCUCCAACCUCUGAAGGGAUGUUUUGAACCCUUAAGUUAUGGGUUUACCGCAUGUUGCCAGCUGAGUCACUGGAGAUAAAACCUCACCCUAAAGGCUGUUUUACAGUUGUGCGCAAACUCAACGCCGUAGCUACGCUGUCACUCCUACGGCGUCGUGACCCUUUCGGAGUUCUGCGUCGGGGUUGAACGUGUUUCUUUGCAUCACGGUGCAUUUCACGCCUCGAACCAGCAUGU